CGUGUGCACAAGCGACAGCACAGCAGAUAACAGCCGGCAGCGUCUGGUGUGGACUGCGCUCUUACCCUGCAGUAACUGUCGACUUUACGUCCUGAGCCGGCAGCCAGUCUAGCAACGUCUACAGUUGACUACACGGGGGAAUCUGGACAUGCAGAGGCUGCUGCCAUGGCUGGUUAUAAUGGUGACUGUUUCACACGAGAUGGCGUAUGUCUCAACACAAAGCCUCUCUGGAAUGGCAAGAGAGGUGUCCAGUGUGCAUGCCCCAGAUGGAGUUCAUCUUCCCAACACCUAUCUUGUCCAGCAGUUUCCAUGGAUGGUGGAUAGAAGUAAGAUUCGGCAGGAUGCACAACUCCUUCAAGAGGCUCAGUACAAUUUCGAGUCAGCUCCUGUGAAACGAGAGGCAGCUCCUCAGUUUAACUGCCACCAGGACUCACAGGCGAGAGUUGUCUGCCACCAGGUAGUUGCAGGUCUCGAACACUCAUAUGGCCAGCAAGCGCUUCGGCAAAGGCUAUUUGUGGACGUGCAAGAAGAAGAUGUCCACCAGAAGAAUAAUCACAAGAGAGUAGUGCGCCAAGAUGAUACAAACCGCCGGACUGGAGACCAACAUGAUGGACACCAAGAGGAUCCACCCCAGGCAAAUGGGGCACAACAACAAGACCAACCCCAGUCAAAUGGGGCACAACAAGACCAAGCCCAGUCAAAUGGGGCACAACAAGACCAACCCCAGUCAAAUGGGGCCCAGCAGCAGGAUCUACCCCAGCAACAGCAGGCGGACCUGCCUCUGUGUCCAGAGGAUAGCAGCUGCUCCUGUGAGACCGUAAGUGGGGUUGUCAGGGUCGACUGCUCCAGCUCUGGGCUGGACCAGCUGCCAGCCAGGCUGCACCCCAACACCACGCGGCUCUCACUGUCUGGAAACAGCCUGCAGCAGCUUGGCAACGACUCACUGGCAGGUCUCCACAGGGUAAUGCAGCUGUACCUGGACAAGAACAACAUCAGCGACGUUCACGAGGACGCUUUUUCUGGGAUGCCGAAUCUGCGCGUCGUCGAUUUCUCCAACAACCGGCUGUCAACUCUUCCGUCCAGUGUCUUCACGUCCAACGGGAAGCUACAGAAGCUGGACCUGAGUAGGAACCCAAUCCACCUGACUGGGGGCCGGAUGCUGGACUCUGCCUCCCUGUACUGGCUCAACCUGUCGUGGUGUGGCAUCUCCAGCCUGCCGAAGGACUCUUUCAAGGGCAUUCCGCAGAUGGUCAUGCUCGACCUCUCCGAGAACCAACUGGUCGUACCAACAGCUCUGGCCCUGGAGACGCUGAGCGGGCUGCGGCGGCUGCCGCUGGUGGGGAACCCCGUGUCGUGCUGCGAGGUGGGGGAGCUGCGCGCCUGGGUGGAGAUGCGGCGCGUGUCGGUGAUCCGCAGGGAGCUGUCGGUGGGGCCGCUGCCCACCUGCGCACAGCCCGAGGGCCUGCGCGGCCGCCCGUGGACCGCCGCCGCCGGACACGACACGUGCGUUCAGCGGCUGGACGUGGCCGCCGUGGUGGGCUGCGUGCUGCUGGGGCUGCUGCUGCUCGCCCUGGCCGUCGCCGCCGCGCUGCUGCUGCUCAGGAGGCGCCGCAGGGCCGCGCGCCGACGGCGCACCCAGAGCGCGCUCAGGAGAGAGGAGAACCACUUGCAGCAGGACGACGCGGGAAUGUACGAGCCGCCGCCCGUGGCGAACCCGAAGGAGGUGGGCUGGGCCGGGCCGCUGGCCUGGGAAAGGCGCAGGCCGUCCGGGCCCCGGUACGUGGCCUCCUUCCGGUCGCCGCACCCGCCCACCGUCUACGACGACGCCGUCGGCGCCGGGCGCAAGGCGUCGGCCCGCCGCCGCGACGCACCCGAGUCGCCCACCUCGCCCACGUACGACGACGCCGUGGGCACCGGCCGCACGUCGCCACUGUACGACUACAUCGUGGGGUCAGACGGGCGGCGGUCUCUCGGGGCGCCGACCAGCCCCGGCGAGAAGCCGCCCCACCAUUCCUCCAUACCGUCGGUGCUCGAGGGCUGCGACUUCUACGAGGACGCCUGAGGGUGGCGGCCGUGCUGGUGCACCUCUGCUUGAUGCAGUAGCUCUGCGAGGACCACGUCAACUGGAUACUUGGAAUUCCAAAGGGUGCCAAGUGCAAAGCGAGGUCCAAGAAUCUGGCUGCAACAACAGCCGUGAUCCUGACAGCUGCUGCGUCUGCUAGCCCUUCGCCAAUGAACAGCAAGUAGUUCCCCACUGUCUGCGUCACAGUGACCGUUGUGGCACACCUACACAGGGACGCCACCCUACAUUCGUGAUAAAUACAUGAAAAAGUGUUGUCUAUCACCACGCCCAGUAGUGGUACCAGGGAAGAUUUCGUUUCUCCCUCCAGUGCCAAUAUAAGCUGGGCAACCCGUGCUCCACAUCCAAUUAAUAUACAUGAGAUAUCCAAAGUGUGGAUCAAGAUACGCUGGCACUGGUUUCACAAUGAAUAGUAAACAAAAGUCCUUUACCUCCACUUAUGCAGCCACAAUCCAUGCAUCUGAUCAGCCUUUCUUUCUCUGUUGCAACACUGGUAUCUACUACUAGUGGUGCCCCGUGUUCUGAUCCCACAGUUCAUCAGGCACCUGCUAUACUUUUUUCCCCUUCUGUUCCACAAUUCUGACCUCAGUGUGUAGAGGAGAUGAGAUUUGUCUCCACUGCCCAUUUCCUGUAAUAGCCAAUAUAGUCGCCACCCUAUGAGAUGUCAUUCCUCCAGUAGUAAGGUAAGGUAGACCACAUCAGGCACAGCAGUCGGCCAGCUCUUGACCAAGAACAUGGUUAAUACCUUCAGAAGUUAGAGUCUUAACUCAAGUGUGACACAGUGCGAACACAAGGAAAAUCUUACCACAAAAUUCUCUCUGUGUCAAAAUGUACGAUCCAUUAAUUGUCAAAACAAUCUGAUAAUUCAUGCGUUGUGGCAACAAUGGAGAAUGGUGAGUCAGAUACACUGCAAUGUGUAAAGCUUGAGGGCAAGCUGUGGAACACCUUGUACUUUAUCCUUUUCACAUUAAUUUCACGACAUUAUUUUCCUUAAAUGUAUGUUUUUCCACUAUUUCUCAUCCCUGGACUUUAUCUAAUCAAUUAAAGAUCUUUCUUUUCAUGAUAAUUUUUUAUAAUGCUCCAGUUAUUUGUUGACGUUUGUCAGAAAAAAUUAUUAUUCGAAACAUAAGCAAUAUUAUGAAAUUAAAAUAAAGUGAGAGCAGAUGAAGGACAAAUUUAAUUUCUGCAAAUUAUAGGACAAUCUAAGUUAAAUCGUACUUCAUGUGAGGAUAUGCUCAUGUGUAUUAUCCAACAGUAUGCUUUGUGUCUUGUAUUGAACUACAUGAUUUCUGUGGUUUUGCAAUGUCAUUUUUGUAUUUAUCUUUAUGGGAUAGAUUUAUGUCCCUUUUAAAAGUAGUUUCACUGUGAAAUACGAGAUUGUCUGUCCUAUGUUCCCAUUGUAAAAUUAUCAAACUUUGUGCCAUUAUGUUGGAAGGUUUUUAAGACACGAACUUCCAGUUUUCCAUAAUUAAUAGAUGUACUUUUUUAGAUGUACUGAACUAAAACUAUUAUGACAAUUGUGUUAUCAGUCAUGUUAUGAUAUUUUUCUUAAACACUUAAUUUUGUAACUAAAUGAACAUAAAAACUAAACAACGUAGGAUGUGUUGAAU